GUCGUGGGGGGGACCCCCGGGAAGGCCCUUGCCUUGGACCUCAGGCGGCCCAACGCCCGGGGUCGGCCCUCCUGUAGACCUGACCGCCUGGGACGUCCCCGAGCCGAGCCGGCGGAGGGCGGAAAAACUCCCUUCUUUUUUGGGAGGGGGGAAUCUCAGCCCCCAAAGUCCUCUUGUAGUUUCCAAACUCGGGCGCUCGGCCAGAGGCGAGCGGGUCUCUCUCUCCUCCGAGUUUCGCUUUCCGUUUCCCGAGGCUCCCUCUCCGGAAACGAAACCAAUCAUCAUCCUACCUCGGAGCUCUUGCUGCUGCUGCUGCCGCUGCUGCCCCAAAAGAGCAUCUCUCCUCCGGAGCGCAUCCCCGCCAUCCCCGGGCAAGAAGGCGCACCGAGAAGCUUCGGAGGGAAGCGGAGCAAAAUGAGCCGACCCCUCUGGGAGAAGCUCCAGAGCCUCCAGUGCCAUUUCACCUGGGACUUCGAGAUCAAGGAUAAGGUGGACGUAAUGCACAUCCUGACGACGCUGGCUCUGCGCAUCAAGCACACCGGGUACCGUAACCGGGGCAUCUACCUCGCCAUGCGGGCAUACCUGCAACACCUGGAAGGGCAGGACAAGGAGGCUCUGGGGACCCUCCGAGACGCAGAAGAGGCCCUGAAGGAAGAGCACCCCUCCGACUUCUCCCGCCAGGUCCUGGUGACUUACGGGAACUACGCCUGGGUUUAUUACCACUUGAGCAAUUACGAGAUGGUGGAGCGCUACCUGGGCCAGAUCCGUGAGAUCUGCCAGUCCCUGGCCAGCCCGCAGCCUUACUUGGCGGCGAUCCCCGAAACCAGGAAUGGGCCCGACGGACGGACAGACGGAGGCGUCGAGGCGGCGGCUGCUCGGAGAGGGAGCGGCUCCGGCUGGAGGAGACCCUCCGGAAAGGGGGAACCCGAGGAGCGCCGGCCCUUCUCCCGAAACACCUUCCUUGAGAGGCGAGGGGGGGAUGAUGAGCAGCCAUAG